AUGGUGUUUACGACAGAUCACAAGGAAGAAGGUGCAAACGAUGGCUUCUUCCACAAGCUGAAGAAGCCGUUCCGCGAGCUCGAGGAGAAGCUCGAGGGAACUCACCUUCACGAUGCCAAAGUUCACCUCACCCACAAGAAGCAUCAGAUUGGCAAGCUGGCUAACCUUUUCAACGCGAACCACCGCCACGAUGAAGAGCACGAAAAGGCCACCGACGAAAAGCGAGCCAAAAUCGCCGAAGAGCACCGCUUCACAUCCUUCUUCCCCGAGCGCGACGGAAACAUGAUCAAGUGGUACGUGGACGGUCGCAACUACUUCUGGGCCGUCUCCGAGGCGCUCGAGCAGGCCAAAGAGACCAUCUACAUCGCCGACUGGUGGCUUUCGCCAGAGCUGUUCCUGCGCCGUCCGCCUCACUUCAACCAGGAAUGGAGACUGGAUCAGGUCCUCAAGCGACGCGCCGAGGCUGGAGUCAAGAUCUACAUCAUUGUUUACCGUGAAGUCGAGGCCGCUCUGACUUGCAAUUCCGCACACACCAAGCACGCCCUGCAGGCCCUCUGUCCCGAGGGUACCCCGGGUUAUGGCAACAUCAGAGUCAUGCGCCACCCCGACCACAACGUCUUUGAGAACGCCGCCGACAUGACCUUCUACUGGGCCCACCACGAGAAGUUCAUCGUAAUCGAUUAUGCCAUGGCCUUCAUUGGAGGUCUUGACCUUUGCUUCGGCCGCUGGGAUACCAUGACCCACCCUCUGGCUGAUGCUCACCCCGAAGGUGUGCAGAACGAGGUUUGGCCGGGUCAGGACUUUAACAACAACAGAAUCAUGGAUUUCCAGAAUGUCCAGGACUGGAAGCAGAACGAACUGAGCAAGGCGCAAUACGGUCGCAUGCCCUGGCACGACGUCGCUAUGGGUGUUAUUGGCCCUUGUGUCUACGAUAUCGCGGAGCACUUUGUCCUGCGCUGGAACUUUGUCAAGCGCGACAAAUACAAGCGUGAUGACCGAUUUGACUGGAUCCAGAUGCGAGGACGUCUGGAUGAGGAUGAGGAUCUUGUCGGAGUCCAGAGGCCUAAGCAUCCUGUUGGAGAGUACAUUAUCCAUCCUCAGACCGACCUUAGCACCAAGAACCUGGACAACCGCGGAACCAUCCACGCCCAGAUUGUGCGAUCAAGCGCCGACUGGUCCAGUGGUAUCCUGACCGAUCACUCCAUUCAGAACGCGUACGCGGAAAUCAUCCGCAAGGCCGAGCACUUUGUGUACAUCGAGAACCAGUUUUUCAUCACGGCCACAGGAGACCAGCAGGCGCCAAUUCACAACACCAUCGGAAAGUCCAUUGUUGAGGCUGUUGUAAGAGCUGGCAAGGAGGGCCGCAAGUUCCGAGUCAUCAUCCUCAUCCCCGCUAUCCCCGGGUUUGCUGGUGAUCUCAGAGACGACGCUGCCACAGGAACCAGAGCCAUCAUGGACUACCAAUUCAAGUCCAUUUGCCGUGGCGAACACUCCAUCUUUGAGCAGUGCAGGGCGCAGGGCGUCGAUCCCAGAAACCACAUCUUCUUUUUCAACCUCCGGUCAUACGACCGACUGAGCCGAACUUCAGCGGUCGAGAAGAGAGAGAAGGACACUGGAGUCAAAUAUCUGGAAGUUCAGCGCGCCCAGGCCGAGGAGGUCAUGGGUAGUGGCAUUCAUGGCACCCGCGAUCCCGUUUCGACUGAACGCGAUGAGCACAUGGGCUCUAUGAACGACCAGACCGGAAGAGGACGCCCCCAGGAGGCCGUGAACGCGCUCGAUGCCAAACGAAAGUUCGAGCAAAGCUUGGGAGAGAACGGGCAUCAGACACAUUCCUCAGUCGCGCACCACGCCAUGGCUAACUCGGGCUCUGUCGAGGACGAGAUUUGGGAUGACGAGGAUCCCGAGACUGAAAUCCGUAACUGGAUUCAAGAGGAGCUCUACAUUCACUCCAAGCUCUUGAUCGUUGACGAUCGCAUUGUCGUGUGCGGCUCCAGCAACCUCAACGACCGCAGCCAGCUGGGUUACCACGACAGCGAGUUGAGUAUCGUCAUGGAGGACACGAAGCGCGUGCCCAGCACGAUGAACGGCCAGCCGUACGAGGCCGGAUGGCACGCGGCGUCUCUUCGUCGCUACCUGUGGCGUGAGCACCUCGGUCUCUUGCCAGACCAGCCCCUGGACGCUUCGGAGGAUAUCAACGCCCGGCCGCCAGGCGAUGACGCGCCCAACGACCCAUGGGAUCGCGAUGAGACGUGGAAGUUCGUUGAGGAUCCCCUCAACGAUGACAUGUGGAACAUGUGGACGACGAACGCGACGAGGAACACCGAGUUGUACAGACAUCUCUUCCACGCCGACCCCGAUGACCACAUCAAAACCUUUGAUGACUACGACAGAUAUCUGCCGCCCAAGGGACUCAAGUCCGGCCACAUCUUUGACCAGUUCAUGCCUGCCGCUGAUGCCCGCAAGAAGAUUGACCAGAUCAAGGGUCACCUUGUGUGGUUCCCGCUCGACUUCCUGCGAGACGCGGAAAUGGCCGAGAAGGGCCUGCAAGUCAACCAGGUCACGGAGAGUAUUUACACUUAA